AUGCAAAUGGAACCAUGGCGAAAACGAGGGUUUGUCCCAGACUCAGACGAGGAUGACGGCUUUGAUUCCCUUGAUACGACCAAAUCGGCGAAUGAUGAUGCGAGUGACGAAAUCGAUCUCGAAUAUAUCCCCCUUCCUACGACGACGUCGAACCCCGAGCAAGGUCCUCCGGAUGCCGAAGAUUCAGACUUGCGAGAUACGAUAGAACUUACUGAGGAUCAUAAUGAUAGUGCAUUGGCUGAAGGAUCUCAGGAGCUGGUGGAUUUGGUGUCAACGCCUCCAGCCAAGGGCGGUUUACCCACCAAGCAGCCCUCGGAGACUACGAGUGCAACAAAGCAAGCUGCAAGAGUUGGUUCAUUGGAAGAACAGCCAGCAAAGCCACGACAAGCAACCAGAACGUAUGGGAAACGACUCUCAGCAAGGAAAACACCUAAUACAAACGCCAAUAAACCUCUCAAAUUCCCGGCAGACCUUGAGGAUGAUAUAUGGGAUAUUCCUAGUUCGCCUGUGGCGGAAAUCAGGUCUGGCAGGAAAACAAAAAGCCAGGAGAUGACCCAGAAACCCUAUAUACCCGUCGAAAACCCGCAGUGUCAGGUUGCCACAGAUUCCAUUCCUCCGAACGACCAACUGCCGAGUGAUAUAGGGAGAUCGCGAAGCUCUUCUCCGGACGAGCUCGCCUUCAUCUUACCACCACCGCCAAAGGCAUCUAUUGCAACCAAGAACUCCAAUAAUGUACUAGUCGAGGAAGGUGCACUGCAAGCAAUCUCUGAUGAUGAUUCUCCAUUAUCAUCGCCUCCAUCAUCGCUUCACUCGCCACACCCGGCUGCAGACGAGUAUGGGACCGAGGCCGCUUCUGCAGUAACGCAACCAGAGAAUCCGAAUCCAGUUAUCUCAGAUUUCGACAUACCUCAAGAUAUUUUGUCGGAAAUAGCUCAACCAGUACGGAGAUCUUUUCGCGAGCGCAAUGCGAUUCAAUUGCAUCCAUAUGCCCUGGAAAUGGCCAAGUAUCAGAGGCUGAUGCAAGAACGAGGCAUUCGACCGGUUCGAAUGGCCAUGCCAGCAGAACGGAACCAGCAAAAUACAACAACCGAUGAAAGCCAGGAGCAGGAUGAUUUCGACCCCAAUACACUCCGGUCAAGUCCUCCCCCAGAGGAGUUUCUUCCGCCGGUUAGGUCCGCCAGGCGCCCUGAAAACGAUUCGACUGGGCAGUCAACUCGUCAGCGCGAUCAGCACCACUCUUCACUCCACCGGAUGCAUUCGCAAAAACGGAGAAAGAAAUCACAUUCGGGUACCUUACGUGAAGUCAGACGUUCACCUGACGCCCAUGGCAGACCUCAAGUUGUCAUCAACGUCAAUACUACGCCCAAUAGUCGGCACGGCCCGUCAAUAUUCGAUAUCACUUCCAGCCCGCCACAUUCGAGAAGUGUCUCCUCGUCUUCAAAGACACCACGAGCAUUGGCGGAUUUCCCAUUUCCGUUUGAAUUCACACCACCUCCAACUACAACCACUGGUGGGGAGUCAGAUUUGGCGACACCGGUUGGGGAUGAACAAAUUAGAAAGGACUUGGACAACCUAGACCCAAUCAUUGAGAUUGAUGAUGAAUCAGAGUCGGAAGAAUCUCGGGAAUCCUCGUCGGAGCCCGAAGAAAGCGCAGAGGAUCGCCGCAUUCAGGAAAUGCAACGGAGAACUCGAGGUGUUCUCCCUGCAUCGUGGGUUCGGCUUAAUGCGGAGCAAUCCGAAAAGCAAAAAGCCAACCAGAGCAACCGGCAUGGUCCCACGAGGAUAGACGGCAAAGGUGUUGCCAAAAAGAUAACUCGAAAGCCGCAACCCGGAAGAGCAAACGCUGGCUCGAGUCGAGCUUUGUUUGAUUUGGCUGACUUUGAUGAAAGUGAAGAUGAUGAUCAAGGCACCAAUAUGUCUGUCUCUAUCAAUACCAGUGUGGAGGAAAGAUUGGCGGAGAGGUUGGAAUUAGAAGAUGCAUUUGAUCGAGCUGGACACGCUAUGGAGGAUAAUCGGAUUGAUUACAUGCUUGCACCCGUCGCUCGCAAACAAUCCGGUUCCCGCGAGAAGCGAGAAGGCUUAAAACGGGUGAAAUCAAAGGAGAGCUCAGGUCAAACCGAACGUCGACUGAAGAAAGCUCGCUUGCAGAGACAGACCAAGCUCACGGAUUCUUCCUACGGAGGACGUCGAACGAAGCAGACUUCGUCGAGGUCAGCACCGCGAUUGAGUAUCUUGGAUGCUCCUGACGUGGCUGCUCGGCCACGGAAAGAACAGCCACAGUUCCUCCGAAUCGCCGCAAGAGGAGCUCGAUCGCGUCGAGACCAAGGCCGCCAAAGCCCGACCCGGAAAUUCGUGCAGCUAAGCUCAAGAGUGGACACGGCAGACGCAAAUCAAUCUUUGCGUGACUGGAAAAGAGGAGCAAUCCCACGAGCUAAGACCACUCGAGCUCCAUCAAAGCCGCGUAAGCGCCAGAGGAUAUCGAACCUUUCUUCUGGCGCUUGUCGUGCUGCACCUGUUGUCGGGAACGCUCGUAUCACUAACCAUUUCGCCUCCGCCGACAUCGAGAUUCUCUCAGAUCAUGACGACCAACCAGUACCUGCACCAGCCUCGACGAGGGAUGCUUCUGUUCCUGUCGAGCUUGCGGUUGCUCCAAACGCAAAUCCUGAUCCUGCGCGGCCAGCGCAGUCAGAGCGACGAGGUCACCAGUGGAUCGUUCAGAGGAAUAUGCCGAUAAUAUCAUUACGGCGAAACGAUCCCAGACCCGCUCCAACCAGCCUCGCAGCGCCCAAUGCAAACCCGUCCGCUUCGAAAGACAUGUUCCGUCGUUCUUUGAAAUUGCUCAAUCGAAGUUACCGACGUGAACAUUUGUCUCGUGCUUUCAAGCCUAGCCUGACUCUUGAUCGGUACAUUUCCGACAAGAGCGCAGCGCCUUCUCCAGCUCUAAUGGCACCGUCUUCUGUGGCUCCUGUAGAUACUGAUACAAGGACGGCAUCGGAUCCUAAAUCCCAAAUUGCUUGCCGUCGUCUGAAGAAAAAGCGACCAACUCGCAUAAAUCUCGAAUCGGACGAGUUUGAGCAGAAUCAAGAUUUGAUCACAGCGAUCUCCGAUGACUCGGACUCCCCGACUAUCAAUCGCUCUGGUCCCGCUCUAACAUCCUUCAGCUUGGGUGGAAUGUUCAAUUGGCAACGCUCCUAUUCGAUCGACUUUGGGGUCCUGCCUUUGCGCGACGGCACCUUUUUCCACGAAUCUACAAUUAUAGGCAGCGGAGAUUUCUCUCACUCACUAAACAUAACAAAGCGAGACAUGGACAAGGAGGCUGGUUUCUCGACAAUAAUUGCCAAAGAUCGGAUGCUGCAAUGGGGAGCAUGGAACGAGAGGAUUUCUUCGGAAAUGGGAUCCGUAUUCAGCAUGAUUCUGGAAGAUAUCGACAAGAGCGCGUCGUCAUCACCAGCAGAUUAUGCAGGAUCAGGCUUGACCGCCGCGUCGCAUGCAUACCGAUCGAUCAUUACCUAUGUAACGGAGCAUUUAUCAUUCAUCGACCCAGUGGAUCGGACGGGCUUCGUUGCGCGAGCUAUGGGGCUAGUUUUUUCGUUGAGGGACCCCUUGGCUGCCUUCAUCGCUGGGAUCGAAUACAACAAGACCGGUCUCGUGCGAAUCGCCUGCUACAACCUCCUCUUUGCGAAUCAGAUCCGUCAGAUUUCCUCUCACAGUCUCGUUGGAAAUGCCCUUGCCGGCGAUGCUUUGAAUCUUGUCAAGAUAUGUGCUACAGACACCAUUGCAUUGAUCCUGCCUGAGACAGGGAUCUCUGAGAUCUGGCGCCUGUUCGAGGAGAACAAGAAGCCCGAGCGGCGAGAGCAUGGUCUUCGUGAACAGUUCCCUACAGCAGAAGCUUAUCUCAUUACUGAGACACUUUUCCGCAGCUCGGACAUGCUGAACGGGAUAUUCAAUGAUCUUCAGGCCGAUGCAUGCACCAAAAAUAUCGCUCGCAACGAGAGGGAUGUUGGUCGCAUGGAGAUGGGAUGGCGUCAACUGUUCUCUCUUCUCCCUCUCAAUGAUAUCGACCAUCAUGGCAUUGCCCGUCGAGAGACCCGGUUCAAAGCUGUGCAUGACAACUGGCCGCUUGUCAAGAAGCUUUUGUCGCCUGCACUCGACAAUUAUGGUACCAACUCUGCGACCCAGCCCAUCUCGUACAAUAGUUACUGCCGAGCGCUGUUUCAAAGAUGUCAUCGCUUGAUCAAUGCCUGGGGGUGGAGAGAAUGCAGACCUAUACUUGAUACCCUAUACGACUUUUUCGCACAAAACACUCUGUAUAACUUGAAGCUCGAGGAGAGCCGCGGGUCACCUUCGUUUCUCGAUGAACUUGAUCAAAACCCAUCCUUGGAGGUACAACCUGGCGAGCCAUGCUUCCACACCUUGCUCAAAAUCAUUGCAAGUGGUCUACGCUUCCUGUCUGAGCGAUAUGACGACAAGAAGGUUCGAAAUUUUGCAUGGCGACUGUUGCCAAACCAUGGCCGCGUCUACCCGAAAGAGAAGCCUCUACGUCGUGAAGAUCUUGAUGCUUUGAGGAAUCAUCAUGACCUACUCUGUACGUUGUACUGGGUCAUCCCUUCAGGGUUACGCUUUCGAGUGGAGAUCAUCCGAGAUUUAGUUCAUCCAGCCAGCUCGCAUAACGAGACAUGCAGCAUCAAUCUUCGCGCGUGGACAAGGCUUGUUCGCUUCAAGCUAUCAACAAACGAAGACAUGUCAGAGUUGGAGCCGUUUGCUUGUUGGCACAGCUUUUUCGUCAGUGAGCUUCGACAGCAACACGCACAUGCUCGGAAAGAAAUCGAAACGCAGAGCAAGAAUGGCGAGAAAGUCUCUCAACAUCUCAUUGAAAGUACUAUUGCUCAGAAUCAGCGACCGAUUGAGAAUCUGCUGUCCAUGGCACUGAGUGGAAUGCAGACUGCUGUUGAACGGGCACCUUCGAUUGAGCAUGCCCUGCGCCUGAUUUCGAAGACGCCUUUCGAAUCUCUGCUCGGGCUUUUCAACCCAAAGCUGGCGCGAGUGAAUGUGGUCGUUUCCGAUGCGUUGCAGGUGAUCGUGGCUUACAUUCAGAAGGAUCCUGUCGUUGCAUUGGGUGCUUCUACUCACAAAGCGGUCCCCACAACUGCUGUAUCAACGGAGGAUGAUAGCCAGGAAUUUGAUGAUGUUGACUGGGACGAGAGUCUUGAUCAUGCCAUGAUACAACCAGAACCACCGAGUGAAGGUGUUCAGCAUGUUGAAACGAUCCUUCAUCCUGUCGUAUCCCGUCUUCUUUCUAAUUGCUUCGGUGAGGACCAUUGCCCCGAAGACGCAAUUCUUACGAGUGUUGUGGAUUGCUGGACAUCGGUUGCCCAGCUCAUGGUUUUUCACAAACUCAGACAAUGGGACAAUUACCUGGAUCCUGUCAGCGUUGAGUCUUGGGCUAGUCUGCGAGAGACGAUCCAGACGAGGAAGUUCACACCUCGUUUCCUGGCAGGAUGUAUUGAGAAAGACGGCCGUAUCCUCUUGGACAGUCGAGUCCUGGUCAUGGGCAUGUGGAUUUCAUGCCUAGUAGAGCGCUCUUCAAUGUUAAAGUUUCAACAUCGUCUCACUGAGGCAAUGUUGAAUGGGAGCCUCCAUGAUCCGUUGCUACAGAACCUCCCUUUCUCAAAGGACAAAGUGACUGAGCGGUACACGAUCCCCCUCGAAGAACUCAGUCAGCGGCGAAUCUCUCUCAUAUCAAGCAUAUUGUCGAACAUGCGCGAGCAUGUGUUGAGCCUCGAAGCCUUGGACAGUCCAGAUUUGAAUGUCACCAAACAAGAUUACUCCGAGAUGCUCAAGAGACUGAUGGCCGCGAUGCGAAGUAACUAUCAAGAACUCGGCAACGGAGCCGUGGAAUCUGCCCAAGGCGCCUAUGUCGACUUUGUGCACCGCAUCAUCCGGUUCUUGCAGGAACUUACCAGCGAUAUUCGGCCCGUCGAUCCCUUCUUCACGGACCCGGCCGUAUUCCCUCUGCCUUCCUCGGACCCGCGUUACAUUGUUGCCAAAUUGAAGCGCUACGAGCCCAAGUUGUCCUCCAACAAGGAAUUGCAGACCUUGACCAUGUUCAUUCAGAGUAUUGUAGAGAGAGCCACUAUGGAUGGUCAACACGACCAUCUAGUCAGCCAGCUACACUCUGCGAUGAAGGAUAGCUACGAGUCGGGAUUGCCCAACAAGCCAACCCUUCGAGCUGUGCUUCUGCAAUCUGUCUUCCCAGCAUACAUUGAACUCGCCUUUAGCAACUCGACUGCUUGGUUGCUUGGUUUACCGAUUAUUAAAAGCAUCUCGCUCGUGUUCAAGGACCUCUUGUUCAAUUUGAACACCAUGGAUUCUUCCUGCGUAUCCUCCCUCCUGAGAAUAUUCGAAGCCGUGUUUCAAUCAACCCAUCAAGCACUCCGCCCUCUCUCCAAUCGGACGGCCCAAUUCAAAGAUCCCGUCGUCGUAAACAUGCUCACUGCGCUCAUCGAUAUGAUCUCUUCCUCUUUUGUCGUGGUGGACUACAUCGACCGGGUGACCGAUGCUGCUGAGGGUGUACUAUCAUACAUCGAGUGGUUCCGGGAAUUCUUCUUAGCGGUUUCAACGCUACAACCUGAAUCGAAUUCGAAUGCAGGUGUCACCGGUCUGGCUGAACUCUCGCCUUUGGUGCUUCCGUCGGAGAGUUCAUCUAAUGACUUAUCUCCACAACUGGCCACAGCUCGUCGCCUUGCAUUCGAGGAUCAUCAGUCCUGCCUCCGGAACUGGUCACUCCAUGAUGGCAGAUACUAUUACACCCGCCCUGGUCAUGACUCGAAGCUUGUCACUGUUGAGCCUGGAGUCAGUGCCUUGAUUGAGAAUGGGGAUUCAACGAGAUUGGUGUUUGAAGAUGCGGUCUCAGACUUUGUAGACCGGCUCGAGCGGUUCAACUUGCUACCACAGUGA